UUUCUCUCUCUUUAAAAUCACUUUCUCCAAUUAGUUUAGUGCCUUUUCGUAGCUGUGUGAGAUCAGUUCAGACCUAACACACCACUCCGAGAAGGGUGAAGAAUGGCGAGAGAGAAGAUCAAGAUCAAGAAGAUUGAUAACGUAACGGCCAGGCAAGUCACCUUCUCUAAGAGGAGGCGAGGUCUCUUUAAGAAAGCUGAAGAGCUUUCUGUUCUCUGUGACGCCGAUAUUGCUCUCAUCAUUUUCUCAGCUACUGGCAAGCUCUUUGAGUACUGCAGCGCCUCCAGCAUGAAGGACACAAUUUCAAGGUAUAAUCUGCAUUCUAACAACAUCGGAAAGCUUGACCAACUAUCCUUGAACUGCAGCUGGAAAAUAGCAACACACAUCAGAUUGAGCAAGGAAGUUGCUGAUAAGACCAUGAACUACGGUAUAAUUUUUAUGAGAAGUCUUAAAGGAUUGAAUAUAGAGGAAUUACAACAACUCGAAAAAUUGCUUGAAUCAGGACUUGGGCGUGUCUUGAAACAAGGAUAUGAACUGAUUAUGAACGAGAUCUCUUCACUUGAAAAAGAUACCAUAAGUCAAGAGUUCUAUCUUGAGUUUUCAACUUGGUACUAUUUGCAGGGAGCACAACUAUUGGAGAAGAAUAGACAGCUAAAACAGAAGGUGUCCAACUUGUAUAAGGGAAAAAGCCUCGUCCUAGCUGAUUCAGAAAUCGCAAUUCCGGAAGAAGGGUUGUCAUCAGAAUCUGCUACUAAUGUUUGCAGCUGCAGCAGCGGCCCGCCUAUAGAGGAUGACAGUUCUGAUACUUCUCUCAAAUUAGGGCUUCCCUUCUCUUGCUGAAUUUGAGAAGACGAAGUGGAUUCUCGCAAUGAAUAAAGCUGGACCAAUGUCAUCUUGAAAAGUUGGUGAUUUUAUUAUGUAGUAGUAGUACUAAAAAAACGAUUGACCUUCUUGUGGAUUCUUCUAUCUCAUCUUGGCUGGUGGUGGAUGCCGGUGCCACUGCCAUAUGUGUGCUGGUGUAUGUUUGCAUUUAAAUAAUUAUGAUUGGCAUACUAAUGGCCUAAGACAGGAGAAAGGUACUUAAGAGUGUUGUAAACCUUCAAUAAAGAAAUAUCGUGUUAUAAAUUUACUUUGUUUUCAUAA